AUGACACAAUUUUUACCACCAAGUGAUAAAUUAUCACACGAAAAAAACGUUUACCAUACGGUGGCACAUGAAAAAGCAGCUCUUAAACUUGAACAAGAUCUUGUUUUAUGGGAUCCACAAAGUAAUGAAAAAGCUACAAUAGAUCCAUAUAAAACAUUAUUUAUUGCUCGACUUAACUAUGAUACAUCAGAAACAAAAUUAAAACGUGAAUUUGAAAUAUAUAGAAAGAUUAAAAGUAUACAUUUAACACACGAUAAACAAACGGGUAAACCACAUGGUUAUGUAUUUAUUGAAUAUGAAAAAGAAUCAGAUAUGCACGUUAAAGAAUGGCGACCCAGACGAUUAGGUGGUGGUCUAGGUUCAAAACGUCGUGACGGUCCACCAAGAGACAAACGUAAUGGAAAUCAUGACUGACGACGAUCAAAAUCUCGAGGUAAGAUUAAUAACAUAAUAAUUUAUAAAAAUUUCGUUGAUUUCUGUAUUACAGAUAGUCGACGAAGUCGAAGUUGUGAACAUAAAUUGGUUUACGUUCACACGAACAUCGUAAUGAUCAUCGUUCAUUAUGCUAUUAGUGUCAACAGAUAUUCUAUCUCUUUUGUUUGUUCUUCCUCUACAUUCUCAUAUGUUAUACACUAGUUAUUUCUUCUCGCUCUAUAGCAUAUUCCUUAUGUCAUUGCAGAUAUACACGUAUAUACAUAUAUAUGAUCGUUUCUGUUAUCGUGUUAUCCUGCAAUUCUAUUUCUCUUUUGUUUUUGGUCUUUUCUUCUUCAACCUUACGUUCACGCAAAUCUAAAGUUUCUACAAGCAUUAUUAUUGUUAUCAGUAUAUUCUUUGUUGUUAUUGAUUAUGUUUUUAUUUGUUAAAAUAAAACAUAUUAACAACUAUAUUAAUACACAUUCUUCCUAUUUGAAUACUGUACAAUAUAGUAGGCAUUUGCAUCAGGGUUCGCGAUUGUUUUUGAGAGUUGGGGGGGGGGGGAGCUAAAAGUUUGGCAGAAAGUCGAUAUCUUUGCAAAAAAAGUCUUCUUUCUGUGAGAAAUUUGCCAGAAAUAAUCGACUUGAGGGUGUGGGUGUAAGAAAGAACUACAUCCACACCC